UACGGCCAAGUUCAGUUACGGCAGUGUGGCACGUUCGUUUUCCUUCUCCGCGUCCUUGUAAGAAGAAGCGAGCAAGAGCUUUAUGCCAAAAUAAAGUAUUAAGCCACAAAGACGAUUUUUUAUUUAAAAGGAAAUCUGUCAGAUGAGCUUGUUUGACUUGUUUCGCGGUUUUUUCGGGUUCCCGAGAGGCAGUUACCCCGGAGAUAGACGGAGGGACCCGUUCUUCGAGGGCAUGACGCGAGAUGAUGACGAUGACGACGACGACGACGAGGGAGAAGACGAGGAGGCGCUGCGGUUCGGGUUCAGCUUCGGCCCCGGCGGGAUGCACUUCGAGGAGCCGGCGGCGUUCCGGGAGCUGUUCCGCGAGGUGGAGGAGCUGCUGGCCGGCGUGGGCCGCUGGGACGGCCUGCCCAGCUCCACCCCCUUCGCGAUCCCCAGUAUUGAGGCGCCGGGGCGGCAGGAGCGCGGCAGGUCUCCGAGGGACUUCAUGCUGAGACACCCCGACAGCACCCCGUCCUCUGACCAGGGGGACAGGGAGCCCCCCUCAGGGCCCUUCUCCAAGUUCGAUGACGUCUGGCGGGGGGGCCUGUGGAGGGCGGAAGAGGGGGAGCCCCUGAAGCAGGACGGAGAUCUGGACUCCCAGGUUUCCUCGGAGGGGCUGGAGAAGAUCCUGACUCCCGCGCAGCCCAGGGCUAAGUCCAAGUCCUUCUUCAAGUCCGUCACUGUCACCAAAGUGGUGUCCCCCGACGGGACCGUGGAGGAGAGGCGCACAGUGAGGGACAGCCAGGGCAAUGAGGAGACUACAGUGACCCGCUCCGGCCCGGCAGACAGGAGCCCCCAGAUCCAGCAGGGACCCCCAGAGCCCGGCGUGUCCCCGGGCUCCUCAGGAAUGCAGGAUGAUGCCUCCAUCUUCUCCCGGUUCUUCGGGGGAUUCCGGGAUCGGUAGGAGGCCGCCACCAUCCGGAAGAGGGCAGGAGGAGGCAGGAGCUCGGGUCGGUUCGAGCUUUUCCGCUGGAAACGUGCUCUGGACUCUUCACAGUUUUCCCUUUCCCCAGCGUGUGUGACGACAUGGGGAGCUGGGAUUGGACUUGGGAAUUAAUUAAAAAUAAGGCAACUGGAAACUGAAAAUACUCCUGGCUCGGCCCUUCUAGCCUCUGACGGCAUCGACCAGUUGUGAUUUUAUUUUGACAUGCGUGCCAAUUAACACACCUGCAGUGGGGUGAUCACUCUCUUCCUCUCUCAUUCGGACACACCUGGGGGUUUGAAAGAAGAAGAAACAGAUUGAUUCCUUCUUUUCGGGAUAGCUUGUACAGAAAUCGCAGAAUAGCAGUAACUUCUUUUGUUGAAGUGAUUUUGUGCAUCAGGGAUGAUGUCUGGAAAGUCCAUUAAAAGUGGCUUCUAGUGCAAGAGAAA